CGGACCUCCGAACCUCACGGCGACGGCCUGGCCCGAGCGGCCCGUGGAGGUCGUCGUCGACGACGAGGCGACGGCGCGGUGCUGCUUCGUCAAGGCGCGCUGCGCGCACUUCCUCCAGCCCGCGCGCAAGGACAAGCGCGUCGGCCUCGUGCCGGACCCGAACCUCGCGCUCUUCGUCACCGCGGCCCAGGGCGGCUCGGACCCCAUGAUCGCGGGCAACGGCGACCUCGUCUCCGGCGAGCGGUACCGCGCGUGCGAACUGCGCCUCGGCGGGGACGCCGCCGCGGAGGCGGAGCUCGCGGGUUUGAGGACGCGACCCGAGGAGCGCGCCAAGCUCGCGCCCGGCGCUGCGAAACCGCAGAAGAACAAGAAGGGCGGCAAGAAGAAGAAGAAGGGCAAGGCGGCGGGGUUCGGGGUAGCGCUGUAA